AUGGCAAAUCAUGGAAAACUAGAAGAAUAUGACUCACAAGAGGAAUGGAGUCAGUAUAUUGAGCGGUUGGAAUUUUAUUUCGAAGUAAAUGGCGUGGACGACGAAGAUAAACAACGAGCGAUAUUAUUAAGUGUUUGUGGUAGCAAGACAUAUAAGUUGAUUCGGAACUUAACCACGCCGAAUAAACCGUCAGAGAAGACGUUUGCAGAGCUAGUAGAACGUGUACAACAACAUCAACACCCAAAACCGUCGGCAAUAGUGCAACGAUUCAAGUUUAAUACUCGGUUCAGGAAACCUGGUGAGUCAAUUGCUUCGUAUGUAGCUGAAUUAAGAAGUCUUUCAGAACAUUGUGAUUUCAAGAGUACCUUAGAAGAGAUGUUACGUGAUCGGUUGGUGUGUGGAAUAAAUGACGAACAGAUUCAGCGUAGAUUGUUAGCAGAAAGUUCUCUCGACUUUAAGAAAGCCAUGAAAAUAGCUACAUCAAUGGAGACUGCAGUAAAGAAUACACGAGAUUUGACACAUCAGAUGGCCAAUGCAAAUAUAAAUACUGAGAAAUCUGCAACAUUACACCGUGUGGACAACCAAGGACAAGGAAACCAACCAUGGUCAAAGCCUGAAUGUGGUCGGUGUGGGGGUAAACAUGACCCGCAACAAUGCAAAUUUCGCGAUGCUGAGUGUUUCCUGUGCCACAAGAAAGGACACAUAGCAAGAAAAUGUCGAAGCAACACUAAGGCGACUGGAAAACAUCAACGAAACGACAACCCUAACUCAGGCACUAGCAGCAACUAUUUAAACAUGAAGGAUGACGAGAUCGAAGAGGAAGACGACAACUAUGGGAUUUAUAGUCUGGGCAAAGGGCAAGCUGAGCCAUAUGUUGUUGAU